AUGGCUCAAACGCUUACUUUCCUGUUCUAUCUCUCUUCAUUCACAUUUCUUUCCAUCGUCCGAGCUGAAGGCAGAGCCCCUCAUGGCCUGGUAUACGAGAACCCGGUGGCGUUCUCUCCAAUGGCAUAUGAUUUCUUCCAUCCAAGAACCCGGAGUCCCAAUGCCGAAGACCCAUGUGGUGCAUCCAAAUGCUCCCCUUUGCCCCUUGCAGCUCAACUGCAAUCUAAACCUGCACAAGAAAGCAAAUACUCCACAACAACUCAGAAAGGUGAGGGGGUUGGUGGGAUUCUGGGAAUUGUGUUUGGCAUCACAUUUGCUGUGUUUUUGGCGAUGGGGGUGUACUAUGUACUACGUACCCGCCUAGCCAACGCAAACCGAGCCAUGUCUGCAAAACCUGGUGCUUGA